AUGGCGGAAUCCAUUUCAACAGCUUAUACAUUUUCACCCAAACACACUCCACGCAGGAGCACAUUACCAGUUACUCCGGAACAACCAAAGAACAAACAAACCCAGAAAAGUUUCCUCAAUAAUGUUGUUGUUCUUCCACCUUACUGUCAAAAGAUUAUCGCAGAGCUUCUUGGGACGUAUAUCUUGAUAUUUGCAGGGUGUGGAUCUGCACUUGUUGAUAGAGAUCGAUCUUUAACAAUUUUGGGGAUUGCUAUGGUGUGGGGUUUAUCUUUAAUGGCUCUGAUAUAUACACUUGGGUAUAUUUCUGGUGCUCAUUUCAAUCCUGCUGUGUCUAUCGCUUUUGCGAUUACAGGAAGAUUGCCUCUGAUAUAUUUGCCGAUGUAUGUGGUGUCUCAACUUUUAGGUUCUGUGGUUGCAUGUCUCACUUUGAAAAUUCUGUUCAAUCAUCAAAACGACACUCUGCCGACUUUAACUCGGUAUUCAAAUCCCACAACUGAUUUAGAAGCUUUCUUGUGGGAAUUCAUCAUCACUUUUGUGUUGAUGUUCGCCAUUAAUGGUGCUGCAACUGAUGAUCGAUCAAGCAAGGAGCUUGCAGGGGUUGCGAUUGGAGGAACACUGAUGUUCAAUGUCAUAAUUGCAGGGCCAAUCACAGGAGCUUCCAUGAACCCUGCAAGAAGCAUAGGGCCCGCUGUCGUAGCCAACGAAUACAAAAACCUGUGGAUUUACAUUAUUGCCCCUAUCCUAGGAUCCAUAACUGCAACCAUCAUAUACACUCUUCUCCGACAACCAAAUCAAGAAAAUCAAGACAUCGAAGUCGAAAGCACCAAGAACAUUUACAACAAUAUUUAUUCACAAUCCAUGGUGUAA